AUGUCUGACAGCCGUGGAGGCCGAGGCCGCCGCAAUCAUAGAGGUGGCCGAGGGGGCGGUGAUGUCGGAGGCGGUGGUGGCGAUGAUGGCCGUCGCAACUUCUCGCAAGGGGACGGACAUCGCGGAGGCGGAUAUCGCGGCGGCGGAGAGCGCGGUGGCGGAUAUCGAGGCGGUGGAGAGCGCGGCGGCGGAUAUCGCGGCGGAGGAGACCGCGGCGGCGGAGAGCGCAGCAAUGGACAGCGUGGUGGUGGACAGCGUGGCGGUGGAUAUCGCGGAAAUCGUGAAGGCGGCAACGAUACUCCGUACCAGGGCAGCUUUUCUGCUCCAAACCGCGAGCGAGGCGGACGAGGUGGUGGACGGCCCUACCAAGGGGGUCGCGGAGGCGGAAGAGGUGGAGGAGGCAAUGACGAUCGGCGUCCUGAAUGCUUCUCUGCCCCAGACCAGAGUCCGGUACCAGACUCCGAGGUGACCAAGUCCGAGGACAUGCUUGUCAAACCGCAGGGUGAUGCGCUUGUCAAGCGCAUCGCCGCUGGUAAUGGAAAGUCCUCGCGCGAGUACAAGUUUGACGAACCUCUUCCUGCUCGACCUGCUUUUGGAACCGUAGGCAACAAGGUUGUCGUGUGGGCAAACUUCUUUGAAGUCAAAGCUCAGCCCGUGAUGCUGUUCAGGCAUGGCCUCAAAAUCACCAAGGUCAAUCCUCAAGAUGAAAAGAACAAGAGCUUUUCACAGACCGAGGUUCGUGGACGGAAGCUGCAUUUUGUAAUUGCAAAACUGCUGGAGCAGAUACGUGCUGCGCCGGCGCAAGCCCUCGAAGAGGCCGAAACAAGGCUCGAACGGGCGAAGCAGGCUGAAAAAGCUGCAAAUGGCAGAAAGGCAGCUGCCGAGGCCAAGGAGGAAGUCAAGAAUGCCACGGAAGCGAAGCUCGAUGCGCAGACGGCGUUGAAUAGCGGCAAACUGGUCGUCAGCGAGUUCAAGAGCCAGAUCAUCUCCUUGAAGGAGCUGCAUCUGGACAAGGGUCCUAUCCGAGUGGUUUUAUACGAGGACGCUAUCGAGGAUGGAGCGCCGCGUCGUGAGGAGCUUUUCGAUGUUCAACUCACGGACGCAGUACCUGUGAAGCUGUCCGAGGUCCUCGAAUACGUGACACAUAUGAAAGUGGCCGAGAACGACCUUGUGUUCCCUCGCCACCCUGAAGUGGUCGAUGUCCUCAACAUGGUCCUCAGCUUUCGCCCGCGAUCCAGCACCGAUGUCAGCGCCGUUGGAUCGUCCAGACUGUAUCCGUUUGGCGAUGGCCCUAGCGCGGACAUUGCGAAGCUUCUGUGGGAUCAGCGUCCUCUUGUCGCUGCUCGAGGAUUCUUCCAGUCAGCUCGUCUGGCAUCGGGCCGUAUUCUUCUCAACACUCAGGUCACGCAUGGUGUCUUCAAGUUCGGUGGAAAAGCCAUAGAAUUAUUUAAGGUGAUGGGUCUUGGUCCCUAUGGCGCCGGCAAAAUCGACAUGCAAAGAUAUGACACGAUUGCAGCCCUCAAAAUAUUUUCCAAGUACAUCAACAAGGUUCGGGCUGUCGUCACAUUCGAAACUCCGAGUGGCCGUAAAGUGGAGCGUUUCAAGACGAUUCAAGGCCUGGUGAUUCAGUCCGCAAUGAAGAAGCAAAAGAGCGGCCCGGGAGAACAUCCUGAUCGAUUUGCAAAGGGCUGGGAAGUUUGCGGUCCGGAGCAUAUCGAAUUCUGGAAUGCAGACGACAAAAAGUACGUGUCAGUCCGGCAGCACUACAAAACCAAAUACGGAAAGCAGUUGGGCAACUACCCGGUUUUCAGGUUUGGUCAAGGUGAUAAAAUCUCGUACUUUCCCGCUGAAAAUGUCAUGAUCCAGCAUGGGCAGUCUGCAAAACUCAAACUGGAUGGGGGUGAGACCAAACUGAUGAUGCAAUCUGCUUGCCGGCCCCCAAUCUCCAAUGCCAAAACGAUUGUCGAACAGGGUCGCCAGUUCUUGGGUCACGACGACCCCCUGCUCGAGCAAUUUGGAGUGUCUGUUUCCAAGCAGCUUCUCGCUGUGCAUGCCCGGGUUAUGCAACCACCAAUGAUCCAAUAUCUUACAGCCGGAAAGACGAAAAAAUACGUCGAGCCCGCCAAAGCCAGCUGGAACAUGAUCAAAUGCUGUGUUGCCAAGCCUGGUCGAAGCAUUCAGAAUUGGGCGUAUGUGCAGAUUGACUGUCAUUGGAUCACACCAGAACAAGUCGACGCCAUGGUUUUCGCUUGGCAGAAUAUGGGUAUCGACAUAGCGAAUGAACCGUGCUUCAGUAAGAAGUUGGAUGCGCCCGAUAGCAUCCAGAGCAUGGACGCAAUCUUCAAACAGAGCAAGAGCAAGGACGUGCAGUUGAUCAUUUUCAUCUUGCGCGAGAGGGACUCUGGGCCUCUGUAUAACCGCAUCAAGACUUUGGGCGACUGUGUCUACGGUAUUCACACCAGCUGUAUGGUAAGCCAACACUUGACUAAGCCCCAGAUUGGGAAUUUUGCGAAUCUUGGCAUCAAGGUCAAUCUCAAGUUUGGGGGGGUGAACCACAAGCUUCGCGAUGAGCUCGACAUCUUGAAGAAAGGAAACACCAUGUUUGUAGGAUAUGAUGUUACGCAUCCUACCAACAUGGACAUACCCAAGGGUGCUACUGGUCCUCCAAGCCUGGUCGGCCUGGUCUCGAGCAUCGACAGCGAGCUUGGCCAAUGGCCGUCUGUCACCUGGGAGCAGGCGUCGAAGCAGGAGAUGCUUGGCGCUGUGCUCGAGCAGCAUUUUGCCUCUCGCAUUGACCUUUGGCAAAAGAAUUACAAGAACAAGGGCAAACCUUUGAAAAACAUUGUCAUAUAUCGCGACGGAGUCUCGGAAAGCCAAUUCGCCACAGUGCUCACGGAUGAGCUGCCGCUGAUCAGAAAGGCCUGCAAGAAAAAGUUUGGCGACAAGCCGCCGAAGCUGACCAUUAUUGUCUCGGUCAAGCGCCACCAGACUCGAUUCUAUCCUGCCCAGGAGCAGCACAUGACCCGCUCGGGCAACAUUGAAAACGGCACUGUUGUCGACCGAGGCGUGACCCAGGCGCGGUACUGGGACUUUUACCUCACGGCUCACGACGUCUUCAAGGGCACGGCGCGCCCGGCACACUACACCGUCCUGCUCGACGAGGUAUUCCGCCCAGAGUAUGGGCUGCAGGCCGCCAAUGAGCUGCAGAAGCUCACCCAUGAGCUUUGCUAUCUGUUUGGCAGGGCCACAAAGGCCGUCAGCAUCUGCCCGCCUGCCUACUACGCCGACAUUGUCUGCGAGCGCGCCCGAGCCCACCGCCCCGAGUAUGCGGUUCCUGAUGAUGCGGCCAGCGAGCGGUCCGGCUCGAGUAUGCACGGCCCUGCUGUGGCGCGCGAGAUUCACCCGAAUCUCAGAGAUACCAUGUAUUACAUUUGA